AUGUUGUCCUCAGUAUCACCAUCGGUUAAGAACGAACUAUUAUUACUAUUACGUAUGGAUUUUCAUAUCCCAACCGGUUCAAAAACUGCCGAACUUGAAGUUUUUUUUAUAGAAAUUCGCCAUACUAAGUGUAGUGAAACAAG